CGGACGGCCUGCUCUGAGGGAGAAGGAAGCCGCUCCGCCGGAGCUGCGAUGGGGAUUUGAACGCACCUCCGCGCAGAAGACAGCGCCGCACGGCCCGGCUCAGAGCGCAGCGGGCGGGUCCGCGUCACUUUAACCACCCCGGUUUGGAUGUUAACUGAUCGGAUUCGGCCUGCUGAUUGAGCGGUUGGUUUGGUACGUGGUUGUUGCUUCGAGCUGGAGGCCAGGAGAGCAAGACGACGUCUGCCCGGGCUGGUGCUGCUGUAAACAGAGGGUCGCCGUCUGUCGGUUCCCGUGGAGAGCGGAGCGGAGCCUGCAGGGACCUGCUGCUGCUGUUGCUGUUGCUCUGUUGUGUGUUUUGUGCGCUUCUCUCCGCGGCUGGACUCGAUUACACACGUUACACACGGGAUUAACUGAUUAACGCUCCGGUACCGGGGAGUUGGAUGUGUGUUUUGCCCCGCAGGAGUCACCUGGAGUCCGGGCGGAGAGACGGGGCCGAUGGCGCAACGGUAUGAAGACCUGGCCCACUAUGGGCUGGAGGGGGUGGGUGGGGUGUACGGAGACCCACACCACCAUCACCACCACCAUGCCACUGCUGCCCGCUCUCUGCAGGCUGUGCACCUGGCUGCAGCUGCCGCUGCUGGUCAGUACCCUCCACACCAGUACGCCCAGUCCACCCACACCAACAACAGCAUGGCCGCCACAGCUGGGGACGCCGUCAAGAGGGACAAAGACGCCAUUUAUGGACAUCCUUUAUUCCCUUUGCUUGCACUGAUUUUUGAAAAAUGUGAAUUGGCGACCUGCACGCCGAGAGAGAGCGGUGUGGCUGGAGGAGACGUCUGCUCCUCAGACUCCUUCAACGAGGACAUUGCUGUCUUCUCCAAACAGAUUCGAUCAGAGAGGCCUUUAUUUUCAUCAAACCCAGAGCUGGAUAAUUUGAUGAUCCAGUCAAUACAAGUACUGCGCUUCCACCUCCUGGAGCUGGAGAAGGUUCAUGAGCUCUGUGAUAACUUCUGUCAUCGAUACAUCAGCUGUCUGAAAGGGAAAAUGCCGAUCGAUCUGGUUAUAGACGACAGAGAUGGAAACAAGUCAGACAGUGAAGACUUCAUCAGGUCAUCAGGGAAUAACAUUGAUCAGAUUUCAUGGAGCAGAGAUCACGACGACGCAGCAUCGAUUCGAUCUGCCGGGACGCCGGGGCCGUCUAGCGGUGGACACACAUCUCACAGCGGCGACAACAGCAGCGAACAAGGUGACUGCUUGGAUAACGGCAUGGCGUCUCCCAGCACAGGGGAUGACGACGACCCCGACAAAGACAAACUGCACAACAAAAAAAGAGGCAUCUUCCCCAAAGUGGCCACCAACAUCCUGAGAGCCUGGCUUUUUCAGCACCUGACGCACCCGUACCCGUCAGAGGAGCAGAAGAAGCAGCUGGCUCAGGACACCGGCCUCACCAUCCUGCAGGUCAACAACUGGUUCAUCAAUGCGAGGCGACGGAUCGUUCAGCCCAUGAUCGACCAGUCCAACAGAGCAGUGAGCCAGGCAGGACCGUACGGCCCAGAUGGUCAACCAAUGGGUGGCUUUGUUAUGGACGGACAGACGCACAUGGGAAUCAGACCACCUGGUCCUAUGGGUGGUGUGGGGAUGGGGAUGGGUGUGGAGGGACAGUGGCACUACAUGUAGCACCAACACCACCACCCUGCAGCCAGAGGACCCGCCCAGUGUCCCAGGAAACCACCGACUCAGCAGGUCUGCAGACCUCUUUGGCAGGCGUGAAGCAGGACCUCACGCCUCCUCACCUGUCCUCCCCUCAGCCCCUCUACCCCUCUGGGCAUCUACCUGGCCUGAUAAGGAAACACCUGACAGCCGCCUCUACUCCAUAGCCACCGGAGGUGCUUUGAAAACUUAACAGCUGAAGCACAAAAACAAUGAAAUGUGGCGACACAUGGAGAUUCUGGAAGGAAUCAAAAACAGCUGCGUGUCAUAACUGAUGACACUUGGAAGGAUUUUUUUUGGAUCAGGACACAAACGUCGACGUGGCAUCUCUCGAUAAUUUCCUGAUCAUUUGGUGGUCAUGCAACAGACUGAACCUUUUGUUCCCCUACAACGACAUUUUGACACCAGCAGAGCAUCCUUCUCCUCCUCUCCUCCUCUCCAGCAGUUGAACACAUGAUGAAGCUGAUGUCUGUAUUUCCUGAGACGUUCUUUUGAAACAGGACAUGACUACAAACCAUUUUUCAAGAGACUGAAUCUCUGAAAAAUGGCCGGCAGAAGUCACACGACCGAGCGCUGCUUACCAUGGACUCUCGGAGGACGAGAGACAAGUCGUUACAAGUGCUCCGCUGUGCCUUUUGCAUAAAAUACUGUUUUAAAGGAAUGGACUUGUACUGUUUCACUUUUCACACUGUGUGUGUUUCUCUUUUUUCAUAGACUUCUGUCUUCCCUCGAGCCCCGCAAACCUUUGACUUCUGAAAUAAAAAAGUGAAGCAAGUUUGUCCCUUGA